AUGUACGUGAUCGCGUGCGUGCUCGGCGUGGGGCUCCAGGUGACGCUACUUACGCAGGCUCCGUCGAUUUUGGCUCUCAUGGGCGCGGGACCCAAGACUGCCCUCUUCAGGGAAGCCUCGGGGUAUCUGAAGGUCCGAGCGCUAGCGGCUCCGGCGGUGCUGCUGAUCAUGGUGAGCGAGGGGGUGUUCCGCGGGCACGCCGACACGAGGGCCCCCGCCGUGGCGGCGCUGAGCGCGGCGUUCACCAACAUCCUCCUGGACCCGGUGUUCAUGUUCACGCUGUCCAUGGGGGUGGCCGGGGCGGCGGGCGCGACGGCGUUCGCGCAGUACCUGGCGGUGGCGAUCUACGGGGCCAUGCUGUGGAGGGGGGCCAGGGAGGGCAGGAUGGCGGUGCCAUUCUUCGGGGCGAGGGGAAAGCGUCGACGGGAGGGGGGGGGGCAGGCGGCGGCGGCGGCGGCGGCGGCGGGAACAUCAGCGCCCGCGGCGUGGUCGCUCUUGGUGACGGUGAUCUCGGCGAAUGCAGCUAUGCUUCUCAGAACGACAUCGCUUAUGGCUUGCUGGGCUGUGGCCACGGCGGUUGCCACGAGAAUGUCCUCGGCUGCGGUCGGGGCGCAUCAGGUGGCCCUGUCGCUGUGGCUCUUGUUCGCCUUGAUCGCCGAAGCUCCUUCGAUCGCCGCCCAGGUUCUAGGGGCAAGGUACAUAGCUCAGGGUAAGCUGGAGAACGCGCGGUCGAUGGCGCGACGUGUCCUCACCCUUACCCUGGCGUGCAGCGGCUUCCUGGCGACGUCGCUCCUGUGCCUGAGCGGGGUGAUCCCUCGCUGCUUCACCUCCGACCCGGAGGUGCUUAAGAGGCUGCACCAGCUGCUGCCCCUCCUGGCCGUCCAACAGCCGCUGGUCGCCCUCACGCUCGUGGCAGAGGGCCUCCUAGUAGGAGCCGGGCAGUUCCGCUGGCUGGCAACCACCACGGUGGGGUCGAGCGCGGUGGCGGGUGAUGGACCGCAAGCGGGGCCCUUUCUGGGUGGUGCCAGCAUCGCCAACCUCGAAAUCUGAGGCUUGAGAAACGAAAAUUGACCCCCGACACAUGUAAAUAUGUGGAGGAUGUGUCUGUUGGUGUCAUAUUGGUGGUUAUUUUUCUGCGUUGAAUUUUGGCAGUUGUUUAUUGGAAUAUUUUUUAGUCUUGCCUGUUGUCCUUUUCGAGGAGAGUUUGCAGAAGCAGAGGAUGAUGAAGCUUGGAGCCUUGGGUGUUGAGCAUUUUUCGUCCGGACCGGACUUUGGUCCAUUGAAGGGGGAGGUCGGAAAAUUUCGUCUACGGCAUUGUUGGUUUCCGACAAAUAUCAAAAAAGAAGGUGAACCCAGCCACCACGUGGCGCACCAUUUUACUCGUACGUUUUGUCGUCUGUCGUGUGGUACGAAAGGAGUUUGAUUCAAGGGCGAUUGGCAUCUAGCAAUGGUGUCUACUGCUGUUGGUUUGAUUGGCGCGGAGUUUGGCGUGCCGGCGGGAGUUGGGUGGGCAUUGGCUGUCAAAGCGGGCGUUGCGGGCGGCACCAACUGUGGGUAACACACGACAAGCUGUAAACCUGAUCGCUGCACCGAUGCAUGCUUCUGCUCGACCACGCGUAUCGGGUGCAAUUUACGGAGGAAGUGCUCCUGUGUUCAGCCCUGGUUGGUGUUGACUCUCGCUGGCAACAGACCACCAGUUGUACGAGCCACCGUUUUGAAUCGAAUUUUCGUCGAGAGGAGACGAGAAGGGAUGAAACAAGUGUUUCCGGGGUAUCGGCGGUUGGGAGUGGGGCGCCGUCGUUCCGUACCUGGUACGUAGUUUUUCGCACAAGAAAUAGCGAACGCAUCGCUCCUCCACUUCGUUGCCCUUGUCCCUUGGGGGGUUCGCGCUUUUGUGGAAUGUGCUUGUUCCGGGUGUGGCGGCGCCCGUGCUCUGUCGUAGCGAAGACUUGUGUACGUUGUCUGUGUUACGCUACUGUAGGGUUAGGCCUUUACAUCGAACCAAGUGCUCACACACGAGUGUCAAGCACCUCAGCGUUCUCGUUCCGCCUCGUUGUAGUGGUUGUUGUGUACCUGCCUGACUGACGCUGUUGCUUCAGGAGCUUUCAGCCUGCUGGCAGCGCUAUUUUGCGAGCUGACGUCCGUCACAGGAAGUAUACGAUCCUUAGCUGAGAUUGCGGCACGUUGGAAGAGGGUACACCAAAGGUUAAACGUUCACUACAAUAAGGAAACA